AUGGUGUUGCCGCAGCCAGACAAGCGCCAUGUGUGCCUGACUACAAUGGUGGUCAUGACCAGCAUGGCCUUUAUGGAUGCCUACCUAGUAGAGCAGAACCAAGGGCCCAGGAAGAUCGGGGUGUGCAUAAUCGUGCUGGUGGGAGACAUCUGUUUCCUCAUCGUGCUGCGCUAUGUGGCGGUUUGGGUCGGGGCCGAGGUGAAAACUGCCAAGCGUGGCUAUGCCAUGAUCCUCUGGUUCCUCUACAUCUUCGUCCUGGAGAUCAAACUCUACUUCGUCUUCCAGAACUACAAGGCGGACAGGAAGAGCCUGGAGACGGUGGCCCGCAAGGCUCUAACCUUACUCCUCUCUGUGUGCGUCCCGGGGCUGUACCUGGUCCUUGUUGCCCUGGACAGCAUGGAGUAUGUGAGAACCUUCCGGAAGAAGGAGGACAUGCGGGGGAGGCUGUUCUGGGUGGCCCUGGACCUGCUGGAUGUUCUGGACAUCCAGGCCAACCUGUGGGAGCCCCAGCGGACGGGCCUACCCAUCUGGGCCGAGGGACUGAUGUUCUUCUAUUGCUACAUCCUCCUCCUUAUCCUGCCCUGUGUCUCCCUGUCUGAAAUCAGUGUCCAGGGGGAGCACGUCUCGCCCCAGAAGAUGAUGCUGUACCCUGUUCUUAGUCUUGUUACCAUAAAUAUAGUGACAAUCAUGAUCCGUGGGGUCAACAUGGUGCUGUUCCAGGAUAGUAGGGUUUCCACAAUCUUCAUAGGGAAGAACGUGGUGGCCAUAGCAACGAAGGCCUGUACGUUUCUGGAGUACAGGAGGCAGGUGAAGGAGUUCCCUCCACAGGAUCCUAGCAUGGCAGGUAUAGCAUUAGAGCUGCAGCAAGGGAACUCUGUGGGUCACAACCACGGGCACAACCAGACCUUGCCUAAUGCCACCACUAGCCUCCCCGACGAACCCUCACCGACCGAGGUCAUAGACACAUGA